CGUCGCUCUGCGGCCCCAGCGAGUCCCGAUCGGCCGAGACUCUCUUUCCCCUCCUUCUCUUCGCGUUCCGCUCAUUUUGGGAUUUCGCUAAAGGAUUUACUGGAGAAGAUCGGAGGAGCCCGAGGUGUUUCACCACAGACGAGAGAAGGACCUCGAGAGCCAGGAGGCCCCUGACAGCGACUCCGAUGGCUCAGAAGCAGCAGGUCUAAAAUGGGACUUUGAGGUCCUGGCGUGAGCCCCAGCAAUACCCCACCCCUCCCCCACCGCCCACAGCUCUCUGACGCCCUUGCCCCCCCCCCCACAGCAGCCAUGAAGGGGCUGUCGGGUAGCAGAAGUCACCACCAUGUGGUGACCUGUGCCCCAUCCUAUGAGUCCCUGGCGUACCAUGCAGAGCGCAAGCCCUACCUGCUGAGCCAAGCGGAGCCGCUACCGGUCGAGCAGCCGUGCUACAGCCAGCGGCAUGGCUUUCCGUCCGAGUGCGUGGUGCCCUACGGGACCUUCCCACGCCGCCACUACGGGUCACACCAUGAGCUCAAGGACGAGUGCCAGGCCGUGGUGCCAUACACAGGGCCACCACCUCCCACCCCCGUGCCGGCCCCGACCCCGACCAGCCGGGUUCCCGUGUCGCUAGAGCAGCUGGAACGGCAACUUCCCGGGGGCCGAGAUGGGUACCACACACUACAGUACAAGCGGGCAGUCGCGGAGCAGCGCAGCGACAGCCCUGGCCGGAUCCGCCACCUGGUGCACUCGGUACAGAAGCUUUUCACCAAGUCUCACUCUCUGGAGGGUCCUGCCAAGGGUGGCGUCAACGGCAACAAGGCGAGCCCCGAUGAAGCGCCACCGAUGCGUCACCGCAAGCGCAGCAAGAGCCGCGACCGCUGCAAGUCAGCUGAGCCCAAGGUGCGGCCGCACGUCUCCGGUUACUGGAGCUCUGACGAUAAUCUGGAGCGCGAGGUGUGCCUUUUCCACAGCCCCUCAGGCGCCAUGACCGUGGGCCGUCGGCCUGACAAGUCGCAGUCGCAGUACUUCGCGGAGGCAUACAACACCAUCAGCGAGCACGCGCUCAAAACGUCGCGCAGCAACAACGACGUCAAGUGCACCACAUGUGUCAGUACGCCCUUGAACUUGGACACGCAGCUCGUGAAGAAGAGCUCGUGGUCGUCCACCCUAACGGUGAGCAGGGCGCGCGAAGUCUACCAGAAGGCCCCCGUAAACGUAGAUAAAGCGUUAAUGAAAUCUGAGGCCUGUGCCCAGGAGCGCUCAUGUCACUUCCUGCAGGUGCCCCAGGAUGAGUGGACUGGCUUCCCGUCGAUAGGAAGGGACGAUGACAUUCCGUGCCGGCGCAUGCGCAGCGGCAGCUACGUCAAAGCCAUGGCGGACGAUGACAGUGGCGACUCCGAUGGCAGCCCGCAGCCCUCACCCAAAGUGCAAGCACGGCGGGCCAGCUAUCUGAAGGCCACACAGCCCUCUCUCACUGAGAUGACCACCCUCAACAUCUCCACGGAGCACUCUCCCAAGCUGCAGAUCAGGAGCCACAGCUACCUGCGGGCGGUGAGUGAGGUGUCCAUCAACAGGAGCAUGGACAGCCUGGAGCCCAGCAAGGGGCUGCUGGACCCCAAAGGCCUGUUGGCUUCGCCACAGUAUCGCUCACGCAACGAGAGCUACAUGAGGGCAAUGAGCACCAUCAGCCAGGUGAGCGAGGUGGAGGUGAAUGGGCAGCUGGAGUCCGUCUGUGAGUCGGUGUUCAGCGAGAUGGAGUCGCAGGCGGUGGAUGCGCUCGACCUGCCGCUGCCCGGCUGCUUCCGCAUGCGCAGCCACAGCUAUGUCCGCGCCAUCGACCAGGGCUGCUCGCAGGAUGACGACUGCUCGUCCCUGCGUGCCUCCUCGCCCCCUCGCACUGCCACCACCGUGAGGACCAUUCAGAGCAGCACAGUGUCGUCAUGUAUCACCACCUACAAGAAGACUCCGCCCCCCGUGCCCCCCCGCACUACCACAAAACCCUUCAUCUCCAUCACGGCACAGAGCAGCACCGAGUCGGCCCAGGAUGCCCACCUGGAUGGACCGGGCCUGCGAGGCGAGGCUGCCAUCCAGUCGGGCCUCAGCAACUCCACGGAGAGCAUCGACAGCAUGAAGGCACUGACAGCGGCCAUCGAGGCGGCUAAUGCCCAGGUGCACGGUCCCGCCAGCCAGCACGUGAGCAGCAGCAGCAGCGCCAUGGUCACGACCGCCAUCUUCGCCCCGCCGCUGGACGAUGGCCGGAGGGACGCCCUCAGGAAGAGCAAGUGCCUGUCAAUUGGGAUCCAGGUGGAUGGUCCUGAAGAGGUUUUUGACCUGGAUGACCAGUCCAAGUUCCAGUCUGUGGGCAUUCAAGUGGAGGACGAGCGGCAGAGCUACCGCCGUCUUGCCCGCUCCAACAGCGUGACGACGGCAGUACAGGCGGACUUAGACACCAGCGAAGCAUCAGAUGGCCAGGCCGACUCCCCGUUGGGAAUGCGGACCCCACCUUCAGGAGGCUUGUCUCGCCAGUACUCACGUGACGCUACCACCUCCACCGUUAGCAUUCAGGGCUCGGGGAACCACUAUCAUGCCUGUGCGGCCGACGACUACGAUGAUGUCGGCUUUGAUCCGUCCAUUCUGCCCCCACCUGACCCCUGGAUCGACAGCGUGACCGAGGAUCCCAUGGAGGUGGUGCAGCGGACUGCCUGGACAGUGCAACGAGAUGGACGGUGGUUCCUCAAGCUGCUGCAGGCUGAGACAGAACGCAUGGAGGGGUGGUGUCAGCAAAUGGAGCUUGAGGAGCAGGAAAACGACCUGCCUGAUGAGAUCUUGGGGAAGAUCCGAAGUGCAGUGGGCAGCGCUCAGCUGCUGAUGUCCCAGAAGUUCCAGCAGUUCCAGGAGCUGUGUGAAGAGAACUUGAACCCCAAUGCCCACCCGCGGCCAGUCUCCCAGGACCUGGCCGGCUUCUGGGACAUGCUCCAGUUGUCCAUCGAAAACAUCAGCCUGAAGUUCGACGAGCUGCACCAGCUCAAGGCCAACAACUGGAGACCGCUGGAGCUCCCGGAGAGGAAGUGAGCUGCUCAUUCCACAUGGCGUGUCCGCUGCGUCCUGCUCCGCCCGGUCGCGCUCUCACCCCACGCACGCAGUCACAGUCGCGGUCGCGGCCCACAGCUGACGCCUCGCGAGCACGUGCCGGCUGAUGUCUGGUCCCUGGCCCUGCCCACUCGCUGCUGGCCCCACCCUGCCAGCUAACUGGCUGUUUGUCAUCUCUGUCCAGGAGAGGAGGAUCCCCCCUCCCGUGCCAAAGAAACCCCCGAAGGCCCACCCCCCUCUGGCCCGAGACAGGUCUCUGGAGAGUUCGGAGCGGCAGCGGCUGGAGGCGCGCAAGCGGCUCUUGGCCGCCAAGCGGGCCGCCUCGGUGCGUCAGAACUCGGCCACGGAGAGUGCGGACAGCAUUGAGAUCUACAUCCCCGAAGCCCAGACCCGGCUAUGAGCGCCGCCGCAAAACACAAAGGGAGCAGGGAGACGAGAACGCCAGAACCUCCACAGGGCCACCGGGGGGUGCCCACAGGGAACCUUCUCUGCCAGAGCACAGCUGCAUAUAUAAAGGAAAAGGGCCUGAGUGCUUGUUCGUCUUAUUCGCUUUACAUACACGCGUGUGAGGGGUCUCGCAUCCGUGUACGGGUACCUUCUCUUUAUAUAUGAGUCCCAAAGCCUCAUGCUAAAACACACACUCAGAGACAACAUAUAAACAGACGCAUUAAACACGGAGAGGCAGGGCUGGUACAAGUCUUAUAUGAUCUCCUGUCGUGGCACGAGAAGAUGUGAGGAGGAGGUGCUCCUCCUGCCCUCGGUGGAAUUAUGGCCAUGUGUUGCUGCUGCAGCGCUGUGACAUGAACCUCCAUGCAGGACUUGCGUGUUGGUGUACCCCUGCCAUCUGUCGCAGGGGGGGGGGGGGCCGCUUGUUCCUCACUCACCAGACCAGCCUGGCGCUAAAGGGUUUUGCUUCACAUUCAUGCACCGGCCGUUGCAUUCGACAUCCUGGUGGAGAGGAACUUGCCGUGUAACAGUGGGGGGGGGUGCAUGGGUGCGACCAGGAUCGUCCACCCGGGACUGCCAUUACCGAGCCUCUGGCUGACCUCGUGGUCCAAGGAGAGCCAUCUCUCUCUUCUUGUGACCUGUGCACUUUCCAGCCAUGGCUGCAUCGCGGUAAACAUAGUGAAAAGAGACAGCAGAACGUGGUCACCUAAAGCAAUACCAGUUUUAAAAAGAUAUCUAACAAAAAUAUCAACCGAACAGACACUCACACAGAAACAUCAUAGCUCCUAGGUGGAGGUGAGGGCUGUCGGAUGCCUUUGCUCCCGCUGUACCUGUUCAGUUUGUCACACCGACGCUUCUCACACUGCGAGUGUUUUUAACCGCUCACAGCGCUGUCGUCAUCUGUUGAUCAUCAAGCAGCAAAAUAUCCUUAAAAGCAUAUUAUAGAUCAGAUUCUUCUUUUUUUGUAAAUUAGAAUGGGGGUCAUUUGUGGAUUUCUUUGUGUCUUGAUAAUCUUUACAGGACUUCACUUUAACAAAAAACACACACAUGAAAUGCAAAUGGUUUCAUCUUAUUUUCUUAAUGAAGUCUUUCCAGUAGCAAGUGCAGUGGUUUUCAUUUCCUUCGUGAACUCUUUGGGUUAACCUUCACUGGCGGAAGGUUGCACAGCCACCUGAACCCGUGCCCAGGUGAGGGGGGGGCGCCCCGCGCAGACGGCGCCGUUCACCUGGCGAGUCCACCUGCAGCAAGGUGGGCUGGCUCAGGCAGGGUGGGGUAACUCUCAGGUAGAGGUAGGGAACAGCGACAGCGCAGCAUAAUCAGGGUCUCCCAGAAAACACGUGGUGGUUUGCUAUCGUGUAACUGUGUGUGCGUGCGCGCGUGUGUGUGUGCGUGCGCGCGUGUGUGUCUGACUCCAUGUGUGCUGACUGACUGAGUUUCUAAAAGUGCUUCCUGAUUUCCAAGGUCGACACGUUGACCGUCCGUUCCGGAUGUGGUCGCGCAGCCUAAUGGACUUACAGCAACACGGACAGAAAGUCUCACGCCUUUAUAUGAAAACAAGUGAUUUAUGUUUGUUUGUAUAAAAAUGAUGUCGGAAAAAGACGUACGCAUGCAGACACAGUGUUAGCAUAGAUUUAGGCCCAUUUCUCCCCCCAUUAUGACCAUUUUGUUAGGAUCCUGUUUUGUUCCCUGUCCUGACCUCUAAAUCAUUUUUAUACACAUUCCCAAAAUAAACAAUCUGCUGCUUCCAACACAGUCAUUUUCAGGGGAAAAGUUGUUUAAAUUAGUCAAAAGGGUGUUUUUGGUCAACUUGGUUACAUCUCUUACCCCCUCUUCCAGCUAUUUAAUAUGCAAAAAUUACAGCUGGAAAAAGUUCUAGAACUUUUAUACACUGGCUCCUCAUGUUACAGACGAGUUACAAAUUUUUGAAGUUGCAGACAUUUUCUG